AUACUGCAGAACUGUUAAAUGAAUGAUGUCAAUCUGUGUCAAGUCAGUUUAUUCGGGGUUUGAUACUUCAUUUUAUUCCUUGGCUUUCAUCAGAUUUGAUACCCUAAACUCAUAUUCUAAUGCCAUGCAAUAGUGCAGAACUGUUAAAUGGAUGAUGUCAAUCCAUGUCAAGUCAGUUCGUUCGGGGUUUCAAACUCAGUUUCCUUUCACCAAUCAUUAGCAGCCUGACCUAUCUUCUUUAUCUUCCUCCUCUUUUUUUCCAUUUGGAAUUUUGGUUUACCCGCAGAAUUGGUUCUCUAUGCAAAAUUUCACUAUCAUGGGGGGACAGGAAACAAGAACACUCUCAGAGGAAUAUGAGGUAUUGGACAUUUUGGGGAGAGGAGGAUUCUCAGUAGUGAGAAGAGGCAUAAAAAGAUCGAGUACUCAACAUGUCGCCAUCAAAACACUACGACGGUUAAGCCCAUCAGUAAUGCUGCCGUCUCCGCCAGAGGGGAGGAAAAGAGGGAAACAACAGCAACAACUACCCCAAAGGGAAGGGGUUUCAGUUUCAGAUGCCUUACUAACAAACGAAAUCCUCGUAAUGAGGAGAAUAGUAGAAGAAGUGGCCCCACAUGACAACGUGAUCCAGCUCCACGACGUAUGUGAGGACCCCACUGGGGACGUGCACCUGAUACUGGAACUUUGCUCCGGAGGGGAGCUGUUUGACCGGAUCGUGGCUCAGGAGAGGUACUCCGAGGCAGGGGCUGCGGCAGUAGUGAGGCAGAUUGCAAGUGGGUUAGAGGCCCUUCAUAGAGCCAAUAUUGUCCACAGAGACUUGAAGCCGGAGAACUGCUUGUUCCUCAAUGAGAGAGUGGAUUCUCCGUUGAAGAUAAUGGAUUUUGGACUUAGUUCUGUGGAGGAGGAGUUCACUCACCCGGUUGUCGGGUUGUUUGGAUCCAUAGAUUAUGUGUCCCCGGAGGCCCUUGCUCAGGGACAGGGUAGGGUAAUAUCAUUUAAGAGUGAUAUGUGGUCCUUGGGUGUAAUCCUGUACAUCCUCCUCUCAGGAUAUCCACCUUUCAUGGCACAAAACAAUCGGCAGAAGCAACAAAUGAUAAUGGCUGGAGAGUUCAGCUUUUACGAGAAGACAUGGAAGAACAUUUCUUCAUCAGCAAAGCAACUGAUUUCAGGUCUCCUCACAGUGGAUCCUGACAGAAGGCCCAGUGCUAAUGAGAUUCUCCAACAUCCAUGGGUGAUAGGAAAUUCAGCAAAGCAAGAACAAAUGGAUGCCGAGAUUGUUUCGCGGUUGCAGAGUUUUAAUGCCCGGCGUAAGCUACGGGCUGCUGCAAUAGCCAGCGUGUGGAGUUGCAGCAUUUUCUUGAGAACAAAGAAGCUCAGAAGUUUAGUUGGCACCUAUGACCUUAAACCUGAAGAGCUUGAGAGUCUAAGUGAACAUUUCAAGAGAAUAUGUGUUAAAGGUGAUAAUGCCACUCUACCUGAAUUUGAGGAGGUGCUCAGAGCAAUGAAUUUGUCAUCACUAAUACCUUUAGCACCACGCAUCUUCGAUCUGUUUGACAACAACCGAGAUGGGACGGUGGACAUGAGAGAGAUAAUCUGUGGUAUCUCCAGCCUCAAGAAUUCACAGGGGGAUGAUGCACUCCGCCUUUGCUUUCAAAUGUAUGACACAGACCGGUCUGGAUGCAUCAGUAAGGAAGAAGUAGCAUCUAUGCUCAGAGCCUUGCCAGAAGAUUGCCUUCCGGUAGAUAUCACAGAACCAGGGAAAUUGGACGAGAUAUUUGAUCGGAUGGAUGCCAACAGUGAUGGACAAGUCACCUUUGAUGAGUUCAAAGCAGCCAUGCAAAUAGAUAGCUCUCUUAAAGAUGUAGUCCUCUCCUCCCUUCGCCCAGUUUAGUAUCUCCCGGAUUGUCAUAUUCUACUAAGUUCAGCUCUGAUAACUUUGUUGGCCUUCUUGAAACUGUUUUUGAACAUUCAUGUAAUCAGCUACAUAAUUAAAAGAGUAAUCAUAUGCUAUCUUUCUCAAA